AAGCGCGACUAUUUGCAGGCGAAAAAACAAGGAGACCUAUGACAUAUGGGCUCUAGCAUGCGUAGGAAGAAAUUCCUAAACAUAUUGGCAAAGAACUCAAAAGCUUGCACUAGUUCUUACAAAACAUAGUCUUAAACCCUUCAUUCUUGAAUAAUGGAUAGUUUAUGAACGAUCGCGUGAAAAUCUUCUCAUACAUAGAUUUUUUUUGGAACUUUCAAUGUGGUUUAUAGAUUAUGAGUUACUUGAGUCAGAAAUGCAAAAAGAUUAGCGGAGUACUGACUUCGUUGCAGCAUAGUUUGUAAAGGAGACCUCUACUAACUAUGGUUGCAGAGAUAAACCGUGUGAAAAAAUGUCCUCCAGAAUCCCAGCGUGUCUCCGGGGUCAUUGGCAGGCUAAAGGCUUAUGAGUCAACCGGGAAGCAACAUUUCAAUUUUUUGCAUAAGUUGAGUUAAUGAUUCCAAAUGUUACCAGUAAGGGCCACCAAACGUCCAAGAGCGCUUAAUCCUAGCAAAUUCGUGCGCUCUCGCAUUCUCGUCCCCAGAAGCCUCGCUCCUUUUGGUCAGCACCAAGAAUCGCGGCUGACCAAACGGAGCGCGGCCUCUGGGGACGAGAAUGGCGCUCUCGAUGCAUUGCCUCCGCAGUGACAGUGCGCAAAAACAAUCGUCAGCAGGAAAAGAGACAGCGACUGGUACGCUACUCAUCGCUCGUAGUGCAUUAACAGCGCUCACGAAAAACGAACAGAAAAGUUCUAAAAACUUCAAACCUCACAAUGCUCGAUUCCAGACAUCGUGAUUGGCUGGUUCUCCCGUUUCUGCUUCCGACUUCAACAAUUUAGUUUUCACUGGAUCAUAAGCGAUGGAGUCAUCAGUAAGCGGAAUCGGCAAAAACGGAAACGAUCUUAUUCUUCCGAUUCCGAUUCUGUUGAGCUUAUGACUCUGUUGCUGGGUUGCCUAUAUUGUUCAUGUAUUUUUCCCGCCGUUUAGUUCCCGCGUUUAAGUCACGUGAUCUUUUCGAGUGUGCAUGUUAUGGCGAACGUCGGCAAACGUAGUUGUGUAUGCGAUUCACUCGAAAUAACGACGGAUAAGACGGAUAAAGACGCGGACGAUUGAUGGAAUUAUGUACAAGCAACAGGAACGUCUUAUUGGAGUGUUAGUCGAAUUAAAGUCAGUGAGCUAGAGUGAAUCUUGCCUAUUGAAACCGAGGGAAUUGGAAAUUGGCCCUUACAGACUCUGCCUCUGAACGGGGCCAGGUCAUAAGCACUAGCAGCCACCCAAUAAUGAUUCACUUUGAUCCAGACCUCUGCGAAACCAUCAUAAACAAUGUGGCGGACUCUGCCACAUUGUUUGGCAAUCACAGAUAACUAGACUUCCUUCUGGUUCCCAGAAUCAUAUUUCUUUUAUGACAAUGAGCUGAUGCCGAUCGAGAAUGCCGUUUAUUCUGCACUUGUGUAUGUGUUACUCCCCCCUUGGUUUUUUCUCAUGUCUAUGUUCUGUUUUUCUCACUUGCUUACGUCUAUGCUUGUGCCUGUGCUCAUACUUUUGCACCGGGUGAAGUACCAGUUUUAACUCCACCGUCGUCGUCCAUUGCUUCUUCAUUACAUGUUACUUGCAUGUAAAAACAAGGCAAGAUAAUUGGUUACCUAAAACAACCACUUCUGAUUGACAGGGGACUGGCAGUAAAUUGGAAACUGACAAGCAUUUAUUUGGCCUUAAAAAACGGCUUUCCAUCCAAUGGCGACAAUAAGUUACUUACAAUAAGCACCUCAGAAACAGCAUGCCGCCUGUGACAGAAAUUUGACUAUUUUAAUUAUUUUUAUUUAUCGCAAUUAAGAACAAUAUGAAGGUUAGCCGUGGCUUUGUGCGCUUUAAGUGGCUGUAAUUUUUGUAACUGUUGAACAUAGGAUUGACUUGAUUAGCCGGUUUACACGCAUCAGAGUUUCUGGCACCAGUGGAGAGUUGAAAACAGCUCGCACCCAGAGCUAUGACAGUCUUUGUAUUCUUCUUGAUACUUUGGAUCCCGGCAGCGUCAUUUCCUCUCAAAAAUGAGACUGGAGCGAAACAGCGAGCUGAGAGGUCUUCGUCAACUUAUCAAGACCCCGAAAAAGAGCUUAACGACCUAGAGAACACCUUUGGAAACACACUAGGCAGCGUUGGCAACCAAGGGUCCAACACAGGGAAUGUUGCAGUCGGUAAUCAAUUAAAUAAAGGUCAAAAGAUAAGCUUUGGUAGUACCACAGCCAAUGCUGGCCCGCAAGAGACUAACAAGGAAAAUGUUGAAGUCGGCACUCAACUGAAUAAGGGCCAAAAGAUAAGCUUUGGCAGUACUGCUGGCAAUGUUGGCCAACAAGGAACAAACACAGGAAAUGUUGCAGUCGGCAGUCAACUGAAUAAGAGCCAAAAGAUAAGCCUUGGUAGUACUGCCGGCAAUGUUGGACAACAAGAGACAAACACGGCAAAUGUUGCAGUCGGCAGUCAACUGAAUAAAGGCUAUGGUAGCACUGUUGGUAGUGUUGGCGAAGGUUCUAAUGCGGGUAAUCCCCCUGAAAGUCUUGGCCAACAAGUAAGCGCCUCACAGAAUGUUGCCGGUGGCCAGAAGUUGAACCUUGGUAACACUGGUGGCAGCGCUUCGCAGAAUCAACCGAACACGGCAAAGGCUGGCGUUGGCAACGAAGGCAACAAGGGGCAGGUAUUCAACUUUGGGAGUGUUGGUGGCAUUGUGGGCCAUAAAGGAAGUAGUUCGGGGAAUGUGGUCAUUGGCAGUCAACACAAUAAUGGCGCUUCCAAAACCACUGGAAAGAGCAUUGCAGUCGGCAGUCAACUGAAUAAGGGCCAAAAGAUAAGCUCUGGUAGCACCACCAGCAAUCUUGGCCAACAAGAAACAAACACUGGAAAUGUUGCAGUCGGCAGUCAAACGAAUAACGGGCAAAAGAUAAGCUUUGGUAACACCAUGGGCAAUGUUGGCCAACAAGGCUCAAACACGGGAAAUGUUGCAGUCGGCAGUCAGCUGAAUAAAGGCCAAAACCUAGCCUUUGGCAGUACUGCUGGAAAUGUUGGCCAACAAGGAACAAACACAGGAAAUGUUGCAGUCGGCAGUCAACUGAAUAAGAGCCAAAAGAUAAGCCUUGGUAGUACUGCCGGCAAUGUUGGACAACAAGAGACAAACACGGCAAAUGUUGCAGUCGGCAGUCAACUGAAUAAAGGCUAUGGUAGCACUGUUGGUAGUGUUGGCGAAGGUUCUAAUGCGGGUAAUCCCCCUGAAAGUCUUGGCCAACAAGUAAGCGCCUCACAGAAUGUUGCCGGUGGCCAGAAGUUGAACCUUGGUAACACUGGUGGCAGCGCUUCGCAGAAUCAACCGAACACGGCAAAGGCUGGCGUUGGCAACGAAGGCAACAAGGGGCAGGUAUUCAACUUUGGGAGUGUUGGUGGCAUUGUGGGCCAUAAAGGAAGUAGUUCGGGGAAUGUGGUCAUUGGCAGUCAACACAAUAAUGGCGCUUCCAAAACCACUGGAAAGAGCAUUGCAGUCGGCAGUCAACUGAAUAAGGGCCAAAAGAUAAGCUCUGGUAGCACCACCAGCAAUCUUGGCCAACAAGAAACAAACACUGGAAAUGUUGCAGUCGGCAGUCAAACGAAUAACGGGCAAAAGAUAAGCUUUGGUAACACCAUGGGCAAUGUUGGCCAACAAGGCUCAAACACGGGAAAUGUUGCAGUCGGCAGUCAGCUGAAUAAAGGCCAAAACCUAGCCUUUGGCAGUACUGCUGGAAAUGUUGGCCAACAAGGAACAAACACAGGAAAUGUUGCAGUCGGCAGUCAACUGAAUAAGAGCCAAAAGAUAAGCCUUGGUAGUACUGCCGGCAAUGUUGGACAACAAGAGACAAACACGGCAAAUGUUGCAGUCGGCAGUCAACUGAAUAAAGGCUAUGGUAGCACUGUUGGUAGUGUUGGCGAAGGUUCUAAUGCGGGUAAUCCCCCUGAAAGUCUUGGCCAACAAGUAAGCGCCUCACAGAAUGUUGCCGGUGGCCAGAAGUUGAACCUUGGUAACACUGGUGGCAGCGCUUCGCAGAAUCAACCGAACACGGCAAAGGCUGGCGUUGGCAACGAAGGCAACAAGGGGCAGGUAUUCAACUUUGGGAGUGUUGGUGGCAUUGUGGGCCAUAAAGGAAGUAGUUCGGGGAAUGUGGUCAUUGGCAGUCAACACAAUAAUGGCGCUUCCAAAACCACUGGAAAGAGCAUUGCAGUCGGCAGUCAACUGAAUAAGGGCCAAAAGAUAAGCUCUGGUAGCACCACCAGCAAUCUUGGCCAACAAGAAACAAACACUGGAAAUGUUGCAGUCGGCAGUCAAACGAAUAACGGGCAAAAGAUAAGCUUUGGUAACACCAUGGGCAAUGUUGGCCAACAAGGCUCAAACACGGGAAAUGUUGCAGUCGGCAGUCAGCUGAAUAAAGGCCAAAACCUAGCCUUUGGCAGUACUGCUGGAAAUGUUGGCCAACAAGGAACAAACACAGGAAAUGUUGCAGUCGGCAGUCAACUGAAUAAGAGCCAAAAGAUAAGCCUUGGUAGUACUGCCGGCAAUGUUGGACAACAAGAGACAAACACGGCAAAUGUUGCAGUCGGCAGUCAACUGAAUAAAGGCUAUGGUAGCACUGUUGGUAGUGUUGGCGAAGGUUCUAAUGCGGGUAAUCCCCCUGAAAGUCUUGGCCAACAAGUAAGCGCCUCACAGAAUGUUGCCGGUGGCCAGAAGUUGAACCUUGGUAACACUGGUGGCAGCGCUUCGCAGAAUCAACCGAACACGGCAAAGGCUGGCGUUGGCAACGAAGGCAACAAGGGGCAGGUAUUCAACUUUGGGAGUGUUGGUGGCAUUGUGGGCCAUAAAGGAAGUAGUUCGGGGAAUGUGGUCAUUGGCAGUCAACACAAUAAUGGCGCUUCCAAAACCACUGGAAAGAGCAUUGCAGUCGGCAGUCAACUGAAUAAGGGCCAAAAGAUAAGCUCUGGUAGCACCACCAGCAAUCUUGGCCAACAAGAAACAAACACUGGAAAUGUUGCAGUCGGCAGUCAAACGAAUAACGGGCAAAAGAUAAGCUUUGGUAACACCAUGGGCAAUGUUGGCCAACAAGGCUCAAACACGGGAAAUGUUGCAGUCGGCAGUCAGCUGAAUAAAGGCCAAAACCUAGCCUUUGGCAGUACUGCUGGAAAUGUUGGCCAACAAGGAACAAACACAGGAAAUGUUGCAGUCGGCAGUCAACUGAAUAAGAGCCAAAAGAUAAGCCUUGGUAGUACUGCCGGCAAUGUUGGACAACAAGAGACAAACACGGCAAAUGUUGCAGUCGGCAGUCAACUGAAUAAAGGCUAUGGUAGCACUGUUGGUAGUGUUGGCGAAGGUUCUAAUGCGGGUAAUCCCCCUGAAAGUCUUGGCCAACAAGUAAGCGCCUCACAGAAUGUUGCCGGUGGCCAGAAGUUGAACCUUGGUAACACUGGUGGCAGCGCUUCGCAGAAUCAACCGAACACGGCAAAGGCUGGCGUUGGCAACGAAGGCAACAAGGGGCAGGUAUUCAACUUUGGGAGUGUUGGUGGCAUUGUGGGCCAUAAAGGAAGUAGUUCGGGGAAUGUGGUCAUUGACAGUCAACACAAUAAUGGCGCUUCCAAAACCACUGGAAAAAGCAUUGUCUGCGGUGGCAAAGAAGGAAAAAAGUCGGGGAAUGAAAAUGUCAGCACUUCUAAUUACAAUGGCUCUAAGUUCCAUUUUGGGAAGGCUGCUGGGGGCACAGCCCACACAGGAAACAAUAAUGGCAAUAUUGUAAUCGGCAAACAACAAAAAAAUGGCAAAACCGUUGUCUGUGGAGGCAAAGAGAAAAGCAGCUCGAAGAAAUUGAAUAAAGGCCAAGAGGAAAACUUUGGUAGCACCGCUAGCAACGUUGGCCAACAAGAGACAAACAAGGCAAAUGUUGCUGUUGGCAAUGAGCUGAAUAAAGGAGAACAGGCGAGCUUUGGUAGUACCGCUGUCAACGUUGCCCAACAAGGGAGCAACAAUGGACAAGUUACUGUCGGAAAUCAGGUAAAUAAAGGGCAACAGAUAAGCUUUGUUAGCACCACUGGCAAUGUUGGCCAACAAGGAACAAACACAGGAAAUGUUGCAGUCGGCAGUACACUGAAUAAAGGCCAAACGAUAAGCUAUGGUAGCACUGCUGGCAAUGUUGGACAAAAGGAGACAAACACGGCAAAUGUUGCAGUCGGCAGUCAACUGAAUAAAGCCCAAAAGACAAGCUUUGGUAACACCAUGGGCAAUGUUGGCCAACAAGGCUCAAACACGGGAAAUGUUGCUGUCGGCAGUCAGCUGAAUAAAGGCCAAAAACUAGCCUUUGGCAGUACUGCUGGAAAUGUUGGCCAACAAGGCACAAACACAGGAAAUGUUGCGGUCGGCAGUCAACUGAAUAAAGGCCAAAGGAUAAGCCUUGGUAACACGAUGAUCAAUGUUGGUCAACAAGGAAGAAACACUGGAAAUGUUGCGGUCGGCAGUCAACUGAAUAAAGGCCAAAAGAUAAGCUCUGGUAGCACCACUGGUAAUGUUGGCCAACAAGGAAAAAACCCGGGAAAUGUUGCAGUCGGUAGUCAACUGAAUAAAGGCCAAAAGAUAAGCAUUGGUAGCACCACUGGCAAUGUUGGCCAACAAGGAACAAACACUGGAAAUUUUGCAGUCGGCAGUCAACUGAAUAAAGGCCAAACUAUAAGCUAUGGUAGCACGGCUGGUGGUGUUGGUGAACAAGGUUCCAAUACGGGUAACACCGCUGGAAGCCUUGGCCAACAAGGAAACACCGCAAAGAACAUUGCCGGUGGCAAGAAGUUGAAACUUGGUAACACUGGUGGCAGCGCUUCGCAGAAUCAACCGAACACGGCAAAGGCUGGCGUUGGCAACGAAGGCAACAAGGGGCAGGUAUUCAACUUUGGGAGUGUUGGUGGCAUUGUGGGCCAUAAAGGAAGUAGUUCGGGGAAUGUGGUCAUUGACAGUCAACACAAUAAUGGCGCUUCCAAAACCACUGGAAAAAGCAUUGUCUGCGGUGGCAAAGAAGGAAAAAAGUCGGGGAAUGAAAAUGUCAGCACUUCUAAUUACAAUGGCUCUAAGUUCCAUUUUGGGAAGGCUGCUGGGGGCACAGCCCACACAGGAAACAAUAAUGGCAAUAUUGUAAUCGGCAAACAACAAAAAAAUGGCAAAACCGUUGUCUGUGGAGGCAAAGAGAAAAGCAGCUCGAAGAAAUUGAAUAAAGGCCAAGAGGAAAACUUUGGUAGCACCAUUAGCAACGUUGGCCAACAAGAGACAAACAAGGCAAAUGUUGCUGUUGGCAACGAGCUGAAUAAAGGAGAACAGGCGAGCUUUGGUAAUACCGCUGUCAACGUUCCCCAACAAGGGAGCAACAAUGGACAAGUUGCUGUCGGGAAUCAGGUAAAUAAAGGGCAACAGAUAAGCUUUGUUAGUACCGCUGGCAAUGUUGGCCAACAAGGGAUAAAAACGGAAAAUGUUGCAGUCAGCAAUCAACUGAAUAAAGGCCAGAAGAUAAACUUUGGUAGUACCGCUGGCAAUGUUGGCCAACAAGGCACAAACACGGCAAAUGUUGCAGUCGGCAGUCAGCUGAAAAACGGCCAAGAGUCAAGCUUUGGUAGGACCCCUGUCAACAUCGGUACGCAAGGCCGCAACAGAGGAAGCGUUGCUGUCGGAAAUCAUCUGAAUAAAGUCCAAAAGAUGAGGUUUGGCAACUCUGCUGGAAACAUUGGUCAACAAGGGUCUAAUACGGGGAGUGUUGCUGUCGGAAAUCAACUGAAUAAAGUCCAAAAGAUGAGUUUCGGUAGCACUGCUGGUAACGUUGGCCAACAAGGAUCUAACACGGGGAAUGUUGCAGUCGGUAAUCAAGGCAAUAAAGGUUAACUUUAGUAGUUUUGGAAGGCUGUUGGUAGCGUCAGGAAGCAUGGAACUCGAAUCAGUUCAGAAAAUGUUAUUGUUGUAGUUACCGUUUAAUUUUCUCGCUUAGGCUUCUCCUUUGCAUUUACAACUUUUUAGUCUUAUCUACACAAGAGGGCAACAACUGUAAAAGUAAUAAACCAUCAUUAAGUGUUCAAAAAGCCAUUUUAUUUUCCGCUUCACAGAAUUAUUUUGCCUGACCAUUAGAAACUUGAGAUUGAUUAGCGUAAAUAGAUUUUCUGAAUGAUUGGUUUUUAUUUGUGUGGGCAAAUAGCGAAAUAUAAUGAGGUAAUACUUAUUUUUUAACGGGUAAUUAAAUG